AGCCUGUACAUGUAUCUGCCUUUCCCUCUGUAUGAUCAAGCGCGUGCAUUAUUGAAACAAGCAUUGGACUCAACCAUUACUGUCCCGGGGGGCACGGUCGAGCGUGAGUUAGCGUGACAGCGGAUUCUGAGAGGUGCUGUCUGUACUCAAAGGACUCAGGACUCAUUUCGCAUCAACACGAGAACAUAUCAUACGUCUAGCCAACCCCCUACGUGGACUCGAGUGUAAAAAGAGCAUUCAGGAAGAAAAAGCUUUUAACUCAUUCAGGAUGACCACAUGACAGAGUGUGUUGUUCGGAAGACUGCAUAAAUAUCAUUUUUGCGUAGUGCUCAGUACUAGUUUUUAAAUAUCAUUGUAAUUGUUCGAGCAACCGGUGGAUCGCCACUAAAAUAUCUAAUUCCGCAGUUUGGUUUUGGGAAAGAAAAAAAAAGCGUGUUUUAAUCUCACGGUUCCUCCCAUGUCGGGAACUCCAUAUCAAUGUGGGUAAAAUGUGACACAAUGCAAAGGCUUUCAAUAGUUCUGAAUUCCGGACAAUCUUAAGGAGUGCAACAGACUAUUAUGUUCUCCCAUUUAAAAAGCAGUGACGGUAUCUCAAAGUCUGCGUCAUCCGUUGAAGUCAGCGAGAAAAAAUUAGCGAUAACAAUUUUCAGACUCCUCUGGAUGCACUAGACUAUGGCGGAAGAAGCGAUUGGCUCUUCUGAACGUUCAUCGUUGUGUGUGGAAGUGAAACUGUUUCAUUAAUUUCUUGCGAAGAGACUUACGUGGCUGCCAUAUGAGUUCUUCUUGAGAUGAUCAUUCUACUAACCUCUAAUCCUGAGCCGGGAAAUGUUUACCAGUAUAAUUUCUUAUUUUCAGUAAUACUCUGAUGAUAGGUCAAAAAGUUUGUGAUUUUGAGUAGAAAGUAUUUUCUUUUACUGGACCGCAACAGUGUUGUUGUUUUUUUCAAGCUUAGUUCAUGAGUGUGGAAGUGUCAGAAGCUCUCAAAAUAUAAUUCAAAGAGCAUUCGCAAAACAAACGAUGCAGUGAUCAUUCGGUCCAAACAGAUUACCACUGAGUGCACAAAGCCACUCCCUCUCGCCAGUGUUGACGGACAGAUAAACGUGACUGUUCUCUGGACUUGGCAACAGACCUCUCAAAGCCAGAUCCAGAGCGAUGGUUUGAAUAUGUAUCGCUUUUUUCACUUGGAUUUAAAAGAACAUUUCCGCAUUCGGAUGAAGCUGCUGCACUUCGCAAACGAGUUCUCGACACAUUGUAUUCUAUAACCUGUUGAUAUCUACUGACUGUGCGAUGUCGGUGCUGACUUCAAGCAUGUUCUAUUUACUUUUCUCUGUCAGUAUAGUCGUGUUGUGUGUUUUGAACAAGACUGUCAUUGGAAGUGCGCCCGAAGAAGAAUCCAGUUUAUUGAAGAGAUCACUAAGACAAAGAAACUCUGUCAGUUACACUAAAAGAGAAGGGAGAAAAAGCCGAAAGCCUUAUCUAAGGAUUAAACGUUCUCCUCAAAACAUUUCUAGUGAUUUUGUGAAAGGGUUUGAAAAUGUCAAAGAAACAUAUCACGGUGUAACACUGGAUGCUCCAUAUAGCCAGAUUGACGGGGAAGAAAUGCAAACAGAAUCUGACGACACUAAAGGAAUAGCACACAGUGACAUACGCAAUGACAUUGGAAGUUCAAGGGAAGAUUCCUCCCCCACAGGUGCUUCUUCGAUGACUGCUGAGAGUAGGUCAAAAGAGAGAGAAACGUGUUCCUACUCUGAGAGAUCCGAGGACGACGCACCAGUCUACAAACGCCGGCGACAGAUGAAUGUGUUGUACACUGAUUCCAUCAGGCUACGACAACAUCAACAUAAUAUGAUGACAGGGUAUCAACAAAACAUCAACACUGAACUCACCACAGACAAUGGAAAUCAUUUCUGUUACCAGAUGACCAAUAACAGUGGAAAUAAUGUCGGUAGAUACACCAAACGUAAGUCAGAGCAUAUAGAUUCUCAUGUGAUUCUGAUCCAGGACAGAACUCAGUGUAGCAAGCCCACCAACGUAACCGCCUCAACUGUCAGUUACAUUAACGUCACAGUUAAGACGUGUUGCAUCACAUUCUGCGCCUUUAAACUUCACAUCGAGGUAGAGGAAGACAAACACAUGCUUCUAAACUUCCCAUACUUUAAUGUUCCCGGACUAAACCUACUCAAAAGUGACGGGAUAGGGAACUGUACUGAGUCUCUGGACGUGAUAGCUGAAAGUGUUGAUAAGAACAACCCUGGCGAUGUUUUUGAGAAUAAGAUCGGCUCCUACUGUGGCAUCAAAAAACCGACCUCAGUGUUUGUGGAACACAAUGCGGUCAACCUGGUCUUACGUAUGUUCAACAAUGACCAGUGCAUUGAUAAAAUUGAUUUUGAUGUUGAAGUUGUACCUUGUCGAAAAUUUCCACAUGAGAGUUGUAAUUCUACAAAGUAUGUAAAACUGGGCACAGAGAAGGGAUAUAUUUCCUCUCCUGGAUUAGUUGAAAAUCAAAAUUACCCCAAUUCCAUCAACUGUGAGUGGGAGGUUUCUGUACGAGACGGGAUGUUGAUAUUGCUGGAUCCUGCGAUUUUUCUCUUGAGUGCAGGAGACGUUUUGACAAUUCUACCACUGAAUCCUCAAGGUAGGAAAUUCCCAACAAAGCUGACCAUGCAAAUGGACAAAUUUAUUCAACCUGUUGUCCUCCCAAGCAACAAAGCUGUCAUUCAGUUCUCGUCUGACCACAUGCAGUCAGGUCAAGGGUUUAACAUCUCUUACACAUCGGUCAACGGGUCAGAUUUCAUGCCCAUGGACAACAACAACACUCUGGACUGUUCAGGAAACGUGGCUAUCCCUGAAUGCCUUCGAUGUGAUCAUUACCGGGACUGUUUGGGAGGGGAGGACGAGGAGGGCUGUGAGUACAGACGUCCCGGCUGCUGGCCGGAGGGCUUCUACAACGACCGGUUCUGCUACAGAAUCAUUGAGAACGAGGGUCCUUUUUCCUGGAAUGAAGCCGCAGAAAAAUGUGAAAAGGAAUUCUCAGCUAAUCUCUUGACUAUCACGACAAAACAGAAAAGAGAGUUCGUCAAUGGUUUGAUCAGCUACCACGCGCCUGUUUUGUCUAAAAUGUUUCUCGGACUAGUGCGCAUGCGCCUGCAACAGGUCCGACAGACAUACAGACGUCUAUGGCAGUGGUCAGACAGGACAACAGCUCUGUACCUCCCUGAUGAGUACCGUUACGAAGGUUGGUCUACUUGCUCUCUCCUGCACGGUGACUACUUCUACUCUAUCGACUGUACAGAUGUCAAAGAAAACGUGAGCUUUAUCUGUGAGACGGAAAUGAUUAAGCAGAACCCGGGCAGUGUUUGUGGAGUGAAGAAACGUUUUAUACAAAACCAAUCUCCUCCACAGAUCAAUACGUUUAAAUGUUCAUCGGGAGAGUUGAUUUCUGAAGACCGUGAGUGUAACAGAGUCGAGGACUGCUUUGAUGGGAGUGACGAACUGGACUGUAAUUUCGACUUGCAGGAAGAACAGAUGUUUUCUUGUGAGACUGGCGAGGAGCUGGUGAUGAAUAGCGCCGUCUGUGACGGUAUCGGAGACUGCACAGACGAGUCGGACGAGAGUUUUUGCCGACUCCCCGAGAAAAAUAUGUUGGGCCCCGAGAUGUGUAUAUGCACCAACAGAAUGGUACUCAACAAAACGUUUCGGUGUGAUGGCCGAGAGGACUGUCUGGACGCCUCAGACGAGGAAGACUGCUCUGCGUGUGGCUCGGGAAGUUUUCUCUGUCCAAUGAUCGCCUGUCUUCCCAAAUCCUGGCAAAAUGACUUAGAGAUAGAUUGUCCCAUUAGGGACAUCCGCGGGAAACGAGCACCGGAACCGAAUUUCCCGGAAAAUAUAUUCGAGUCUACUCCUCCACCAGGUAUUGUGAAGCCAGAUGGUUACGGCAAAGUUCAGAUUGAAAAAAUGGACCGUCAUUCUCAGCCCUGCCCUGAGACGCAUCAGAAAUGUGUUCACGGUUAUUGUAUCCCCAUCUACAUGUGGUGUAACGGCCAGAAAGACUGCCCACAUGGAGAGGAUGAGGAGGAGGAGAUGUGUGCCAAAACCUGCCCCGGACUUUACAAGUGUAAAAAGUCAAAGGUGUGUCUUCACAGUCAGCACGUGUGUGACGGCCAGUACCAAUGUCCCAAUCAUGAUGACGAGAAUCUAUGUCAAUAUUUAAACGUCACUUCCCCUCCCAGCUGUACCAGAAAACAAAUGGACUUUACCUGCACUUCCCUCCCCGACUUCCAAACACUUACUCACGUGAAGUUUCUCAACGUAAGCCGCAGUGGGAUAAAAGACUUUCGCCUCGUCAAUGUCGCUCGGUACGCUCUAAUAUUCCUGGACAUAUCUUUCAACAACAUUCACAGCCUGACAAAUACACAACUUGACUUUCUCAACUUAAGAACUCUUAAUGCCAGGAGUAACGCCAUCACCAGCAUUGAUUACACUACUUUCAAAAACUGUCCUGUGUUAGAGAAGCUAGUCUUAGCAGACAAUAAAAUCACAAAUCUCUCGCUAUCGUACUUUUGCAAUAUGAAAAGCUUACAAAAAUUAGACCUCUCUGGAAACCCCAUCCGGAAGCUGCAACCGUUUCGAUCGACAUGCACAGAAGGCUCGUCCACUCUGAGAUAUCUCAAUCUACGAAAUAUGGGUUUGAUUUAUUUAAACGACGACGCAUUUUGCUCAUUUCCUCGUCUGAAAUCUUUGCUUCUAGAGGGAAAUUCCAUUACUCUGUUCACCCCGAAUGUUUUUAAGUUCCAGGGCAGUCUGAAUUACUUAACUACUGAUAAUUUUCGCCUGUGUUGUUCUUCAGUAAAACCAAAGUCACUAGACGACUCAAAAUGUCUCGCUCCUUUUGAUGAGAUCAGCUCCUGCGACGAUAUCCUUCGCGCCAUGUUUCUCCGGGUGACAUUGUGGGUAAUGGUGUUUUUGACGCUUAGCGGAAACGUUAGCGUGAUAAUCUACAGAAUUUUCUUUGAUAAAUGCAUCAAAUACAGCUUCCGAAUCAUCAUCACAUGUCUGAGUGCGUCAGACCUGAUCAUGGGAGUGUAUCUCGUCAUUAUAGGCAGCGCCGACGUCAUCUAUAGGGACCGGUAUUUCGUCGUGGAGAGAGAGUGGAAAGAAAGUGUUGCGUGCCAAGUGGCCGGGUUUCUCUGUGUUCUGUCUAGUGAGACCUCCGCCAUGUUUAUCCUGCUUGUCACUAUAGACCGUUUCACCGCAAUCGCAUUCCCGCUCCGCAUACACCUUCACUUCACCAAAAAGUCUGCCAGCAUCGCUUGUGCUGUGGUUUGGUCUAUCGGCGUCUGUAUAGCAGCAAUCCCUCUUGUACCCCCUUGGAACCAAUGGAACUUUUACUCCCAAAAAGCCAUCGGUGUUCCUCUCCCUAUCACACGCUUCAGCUACCCUGGCUUCGACUACGCCUUUUCAAUCUUUAUCCUGUUCAACAUGGCUAUUUUUAUCCUGGUUAUCCUGGGCCAGAUCGGGAUCUAUCUGUCCGUACGCCUCCUGAGCGUCCCGCGUAUCUCGGAGCAACGCCUGUACCAGGACACGGCCAUCGCCAAACGCCUGGUGCUGGUGGUGUUCACAGACUGUCUCUGUUGGUUCCCCAUCUGUGUCAUGGGGCUGGCGGCCUGCGCAGACUUCCCCGUACCCGGUGAGAUGUACGUGGUCGCGUCUGUCAUCCUGAUGCCAGCUAACAGCGCCAUCAAUCCCUUCCUCUACACGGCGAACGCUGUGCUGGUGGCGAGGAAAGCCAGGCGGAGGAAGAAGAAAGGAAAAGACUCAAUUGGAUUGAGACCUGCCAACAAAUGACCAGUGCUCAAGGUGCGCAGUUCUCUCUUGAAGAUGAAAACAAACGAACCCGGACCGCGUACACGAGAGGCCAGCUGCUGGAGCUGGAGAAAGAGUUCCACUUCAACAAGUACAUCUCUCGACCGCGCCGCAUCGAGCUGGC